UACCCCAACCUCAGCUUAAAGAAUAAAAGCGGGAGAGCAAAUCAGAGGAAUCGAACAUCCGGAGAACAAACACCUCACAAAACGGCUCCUUCACACGGGCUUUUCUUGGAUACGUUGAAGCAAGCCGUCGGCUGUGGUGGGGUUAAAGACUUCAGCCUGGAGAUAGGUUGAUGUAGGCAUUUAACGGAGUGGAACUCAGCUGUGGUGCUCACUGGCCAAUAAAGCGCGUGUUUAAUGAGGGAAACUCGCCUCUUUGCCACGGGCUGAGCACCUGCGUUGUGACUCCGGCUGGAAGCUGUGCAACAUGACCGCGUUUCCUCAAUGGGACAGCUUAAUCUUGGCUGACGGCGGUUUCCUAGAAACAUGAUUGCUUGCUGGUCUUGAUCUCACAGCUUUGUGAAGACUUCUUCUCUGAUAAUGUCAAGUUCAGGCUACCCUCCUAACCAAGGAGCAUUCAGCACAGAACAGAGUCGUUACCCUACCCACUCUGUCCAGUACACCUUCCCCAGCACCCGACACCAGCAGGAAUUUGCAGUUCCCGAUUAUCGCUCGUCUCACCUGGAAGUCAGUCAGGCAACACAACUCUUGCAGCAGCAGCAGCAACAGCAGCAGCUUCGGCGCCGGCCUUCUUUGCUUUCAGAAUUUCACCCAGGCUCUGACAGGCCUCAGGAAAGGAGAACUGGAUAUGAACAGCAGUUUCAUCCAGGUCCAUCUCAGACAGAUCAUGAUUCACUGGAAUCUAAGCGACCACGUCUUGAACAAGUUUCUGAUUCCCAUUUUCAGCGUGUCAGUGCUGCUACUGUCUUGCCUUUAGUACAUCCUCUGCAGGAAGGGUUGAGAUCUGCAGAUAUUAAGAAGGACCCAGGUUUUGGAGGAAAGCAUGAGGGACCAUCUUCUCCAAUUUCUGGUCAACCGUGUGGGGAGGACCAGAAUGCUUCACCUUCAAAGCUGUCAAAGGAAGAAUUGAUACAGAGCAUGGACCGCGUGGAUCGUGAGAUUGCGAAGGUUGAACAGCAAAUCCUUAAGCUGAAGAAAAAGCAACAACAACUCGAAGAAGAAGCUGCUAAACCACCAGAGCCAGAGAGGCCUGUCUCCCCUCCUCCAGUGGAACAGAAGCACCGCAGUAUUGUCCAAAUUAUUUAUGAUGAAAAUCGGAAAAAAGCAGAAGAAGCUCACAAGAUUUUUGAAGGUCUUGGUCCCAAAGUUGAACUGCCACUUUACAACCAACCAUCAGACACAAAAGUCUACCAUGAAAACAUCAAAACAAACCAGGUGAUGAGGAAAAAGCUAAUACUGUUUUUUAAAAGAAGAAAUCAUGCAAGGAAACAACGGGAACAGAAAAUCUGCCAACGCUACGAUCAGCUGAUGGAAGCAUGGGAGAAAAAAGUUGACAGGAUAGAAAAUAAUCCACGCAGGAAAGCUAAGGAGAGCAAAACAAGAGAGUACUAUGAGAAACAAUUUCCAGAAAUCCGGAAGCAAAGAGAACAGCAAGAACGAUUUCAGAGAGUUGGUCAAAGAGGGGCUGGACUUUCAGCAACUAUUGCUAGAAGCGAGCAUGAGAUUUCUGAAAUCAUUGAUGGGCUUUCUGAGCAGGAGAAUAACGAAAAACAAAUGCGUCAGCUCUCAGUCAUUCCUCCCAUGAUGUUCGAUGCAGAACAGAGAAGAGUGAAGUUUAUUAAUAUGAAUGGUCUGAUGGAGGAUCCCAUGAAAGUUUAUAAGGACAGACAAUUCAUGAAUGUCUGGACGGACCACGAGAAAGAGAUUUUUAAAGAAAAGUUUGUCCAACAUCCCAAGAACUUUGGUCUAAUUGCUUCCUACCUGGAACGAAAGAAUGUUCCUGACUGUGUACUCUAUUAUUACUUGACUAAGAAAAAUGAAAACUAUAAAGCCCUUGUGCGAAGGAAUUAUGGUAAACGCAGAGGAAGAAACCAGCAACAAAUUGCUCGUCCUUCUCAAGAGGAAAAAGUAGAAGAAAAGGUAGAAGAGGAAAAAGCAGAAAAAGCAGACAAAAAAGACGAGGAAAAGAAAGAUGAGGAGGAAAAGGAUGAGAAGGAGGAAUCUAAAGAGAAUACCAAAGAAAAGGACAAAACUGAAGUUGCCACAGAGGAAACGGAGGAAAGGGAGCAGGCCACUCCUAGGGGCCGCAAAACUGCCAAUAGCCAAGGUCGUCGUAAGGGCAGAAUCACCAGAUCAAUGACAAAUGAAGCUGCACAAGCAAAUGCUGCUGCAGCUGCAGCCACUGAAGAGCCACCACCGCCUCUUCCACCCCCACCAGAACCUUCUUCUUCAGAGCCUGUGGAGACAUCCCGCUGGACAGAAGAAGAAAUGGAAGUUGCUAAGAAGGGCCUUGUGGAACAUGGCCGCAACUGGGCAGCAAUUGCCAAAAUGGUUGGGACAAAAAGUGAAGCUCAGUGUAAAAACUUCUACUUCAACUAUAAAAGGAGACAUAACCUGGACAGUCUCCUUCAACAGCACAAACAGAAGUCCUCACGAAGGCCCCGUGAAGAGCGAGAUGUAUCACAGUGUGAGAGUGUAGCUUCGACUGUGUCAGCUCAGGAGGAUGAAGACAUCGAAGCAUCUAAUGAAGAAGAGAAUCCAGAGGACAGUGAAGGUGCUGAAAAUAGUUCUGAUACUGAAAGUGCUCCAUCUCCAACUCCAGCAGAAACUGCUAAACCAGCUGAAGAAACUCCAUCUGAGAGUGCUGCUCCAAAAAUGACCACUGAGGCGGCAGCAGAACAGGAAUCUACUGUUAAACCUGCAGCCAGCACAUCUCCCUCUGUAACAUCCCAAAGUGUAUCAACAGCUGAAAGUCAGACCUCUGAGCCACAGGUUAAGGAAGAAAUAAAUACUGAAGCUGAAGAACCUAUGGAGGUUGACAGUAGAAGCCAUCCAGUUGAAGCUAAGCCUGUGCUUAAUCUUCCAGUGCAUACCAAAGUUGAACCUGUAGAGACUGAAAUGAGGCUACCAGAAAAUAUUCAAGUAAAAAUAGAGAGUGAUACCAAAGAGAGAGAGGUGGAGAAACCCAAGGAGAAGUCAGAACCUGAAGAAAUGGAUUAUAGUUUGUCACAACAGGUUAACUCAGCAAGACAAGAAUCCCAUUCAGAUAAUGAUUCGAGUGCCACCUGUAGUGCUGAUGAGGAAGUUGAUGGAGAGCCUGACAGACAAGGUAUCUUCAGGGAGUCAAAGCCCUCAUUGUUAAACCCAGCUGGAUCAAUACUGGUGUCACCUACAAUAAAGCAAGGGCAGAUGGACCUACAACAGCUUCACCACCGAGCAGCUGUCAUACCACCUAUGGUUUCUUGCAGUCCCUGUACUGUUCCUGUUGGAACACCAGUGAGUGGUUAUGCUCUCUAUCAACGGCACAUUAAAGCAAUGCAUGAGUCAGCACUGCUGGAGGAGCAACGCCAGAGGCAGGAACAGCUGGACAUGGAGUAUCGAAGCUCUGUGAGCCCGUGUGGCACUUCCAAAAGCCCUAAUGUUGAGUGGGAAGGAAAACCAGUGGCCUAUAUGCCCUAUGCUGAGGUCAAGCGAGCAAUAGAACAGGAAGCACAAGUGCAAACUACAGCAGCAAGGUCAGCAUCACCAUACAGGCUGUCUCCAAGAGAAGUCAAUAAAGCCUCUCCUCAGCCCGAUAUGAAUGCAGCUCGCUAUAGUGUCCCACCAGUUCUCCAGCCUGCUCCUCAUCAAGUAAUAACCAAUAUUCCUGAAGGAGUCCGCCUUCCUACAACCAGACCUACCAGACCACCACCACCACUCAUUCCAUCCUCUAAAACAAGUGUGCCAUCAGAAAAACCUUCUUUCAUUAUGGGAGGCUCAAUCUCACAAGGAACACCUGGCACUUACUUAACAUCUCACAGUCAAGCUUCCUAUACGCAAGAAACAGCAAAGCCAUCAGUGGGUUCCAUAUCACUUGGACUGCCAAGGCAGCAGGAGUCAGCCAAAUCUGCUUCCCUGCCUUACAUCAAACAAGAAGAAUUUUCUCCCAGAAGUCAGAAUUCCCAACCUGAGGGACUCCUGGUCAGGGCACAGCAUGAAGGUGUUGUUCGAGGCACCACAACCAUACAGGAGGGAAGUAUAACACGAGGAACUCCAACCAAUAAAGUUUCUGUUGAGACCAUUCCUUCUUUGAGAGGCUCCAUAACUCAGGGUACACCAGCUCUGUCCCAGUCUGGCAUAGCAGCUGAUGCGUUACUGAAGGGGACUAUUACCCGGCUAGCUACAGAAGACAGCAGCCCAGAAAAGUGCCGAGAGGAAGCUUCAGCCAAAGGCCAUGUUAUUUAUGAAGGCAAAAGUGGGCAUAUUUUAUCUUAUGAUGCUAUUAAAAAUGUUCGUGAAGGAACAAGGAGCCCAAGAACUGCUCAUGAAAUUAGUUUAAAAAGAAGUUAUGAUACAAUGGAAGGAAAUAUAAAGCAAGGAAUGUCAAUGCGGGAGUCUCCAGUAUCUGCACCACUGGAAGGUUUAAUAUGCCGUGCACUGCCUAGGGGUAGCCCACAUGCUGAACUUAAAGAAAGAACAGUGUUGUCUGGCUCUAUAAUGCAAGGCACACCAAGAGCAACAUCUGAAAGUUUUGAGGAAGGCUUGAAAUACCCUAAACAGAUUAAGAGAGAGUCACCUCCCAUAAGGGCGUUCGAAGGAGCCAUCACUAAAGGGAAGCCGUAUGAUGGAGUCACUACCAUCAAAGAAAUGGGCCGUUCCAUCCACGAGAUCCCAAGGCAGGACCUGUUAAGCCAGGAGAGUUGCAAGACUCCCGAAAUCGUGCAGACAGCCAGGCCAAUCAUAGAAGGCUCCAUAUCUCAGGGCACACCCAUAAAAUAUGAAAGCAAUUCUGGCCAGUCUGCCAUCAAACACAAUGUAAAAUCGUUAAUCACUGGACCAAGCAAGCUACCCCGUGGAAUGCCUCAGCUGGAAAUGGUGCCAGAAAAUGUGAAGGUGGUGGAGCGAGGAAAAUACGAAGAUGUGAAGACCGGGGAUGCAGUUCGUUCCCGUCACACGUCAGUAGUCAGCUCUGGUCCCUCUGUUCUCAGGUCAACUCUUCAUGAAACUCCUAAAUCACAACUGAGCCCUGGGAUUUAUGAUGAUACCAAUGCACGGAGAACACCUGUGAACUAUCAGAGUCCAAUGUCCAGGAGUUCACCUAUGAUGAAUAGAGUUAGUGAGGCUGGAAUAUCUUCUGGAAAGUCAGCAAAUCAUGAAAGGAAAAACACACUUACUCCCACACAGAGAGAGAGCGUGCCAGCAAAAUCUCCAGUCCCAGGGGUUGAUCCUGUAGUGGCUCACAGUCCUUUUGACCCUCAUCACAGAGGGGCUACUCCUGAAGUCUAUAGGAGUCACCUCCCUCCUCACUUAGAUCCUGCUAUGCCAUUUCACAGGGCUCUGGAUCCUGCUGCUGCUGCUUACCUGUUCCAAAGGCAGCUCUCACCCACCCCAGGCUACCCAAGUCAGUACCAGCUUUACGCAAUGGAGAAUACACGACAGACAAUCCUAAAUGACUACAUUACCUCACAGCAAAUGCAAGUCAAUUUACGUCCUGAUGUAACCAGAGGAUUAUCUCCCAGAGAGCAAACUCUAGCUCUCCCGUAUGCAGGAGCAAGAGGAAUUAUUGACCUGAACAAUAUGGCUCCCACUAUCUUAGUCCCUCAUCCUGGAGGAACGAGCACACCACCCAUGGAGAGAAUCACUUACAUCCCUGGUACUCAGCUUACAUUCCCCCCUAGGCCUUACAAUCCUGCCUCUCUGUCACCAGGACACCCUACACACCUGGCAGCUUCUGCAGCUGCAAAUGCUGAAAGGGAACGGGAAAGAGAGAGGGAGAAGGAGCGGGAAAGGGAGAGGGAACGAGAACGGGAGCGGGAAAGAGAACGGGAGCGAGAAAGGGAGAGAAUAACUUCAGUCCCUGCUGAGCUUUAUCUUCGACCAGGAACAGAGCAGCCUGGCAGACCUGGCAGUCAUGGAUAUGUUCGUUCCCCAUCCCCUUCAGUUAGAAGCCAGGAGAACAUACUGCAGCAAAGGCCUAGUAUUUUUCAAGGAACCAAUGGGACGAGCGUAAUCACACCUUUGGAUCCUGCUGCUCAGCUUCGUAUCAUGCAGCUCACUCCUGGAGCUCCCUCCAUAACUCAAGGUUUACCUGCUUCCCGCUACAAUACAGCUGCUGAUGCCCUUGCUGCACUAGUAGAUGCUGCAGCCUCUGCUCCUCAGAUGGAAGUUGCCAAAGCAAAAGAUACCAAGCACGAAGGAACCAGGAUAGAAGAGAAUGUGGGACGCAGAUCAGCUGUGGUUACUGAGCAGCAGCAGAUAGAGCAGAAAACACUGGAGGUAGAAAAGAGGGCUGUCCAGUGCCCCUAUACAUCUGCAAAUUUUUCUGGUGGCAAAUCCCAGGGACAGUCUUCAACAGUAGUCUAUUCAGAGGCUGGUAAAGAAAAAGGACCUCCUCCUAAAUCCAGGUACGAGGAAGAGCUGAGAACUCGAGGAAAGACCACAAUUACUGCUGCUAACUUCAUAGAUGUGAUCAUCACUCGACAGAUUGCUUCAGACAAGGAUGCACGAGAUAGGGGCUCUCAAAGUUCAGAUUCUUCCAGUAGUUUAUCUUCUCACCGGUAUGAAGCUCCUGGAGAUGCCAUUGAGGUGAUCAGUCCUGCAAAUUCACCUAUACCAACUCAAGAAAAGCUACAGCCCUAUCAACAAGAGACACCUAAACCAAGCCAAGCAGAGGGUGACCCAAACAGGCAGUAUGAAGGGACGAUUCACCGUUACAGGGCACAACAGGAACCUCCUCCUUCACCCCAGCAACCUCCACCUCCUUCCUCCCAGGCUGAAGGGAUGGCACACGUGCCCAGGACGCACCGACUUAUCACCCUUGCUGAUCACAUCUGUCAAAUUAUUACACAAGACUUUGCUCGAAACCAGGCAGCUUCUCAGGCCUCUUUGCAGCCUCCCACCACUACAUUCCAGAACUCUACCCCAGCUCCAACGCCUGUUUCGACCCGAGCAAAAACAUCAAAUCGCUACAGCCCUGAGUCACAGUCACAACCAGUCCACCAUCAGAGGCCAGGAGCCAGAGUGUCACCUGAAAAUCUGUCUGACAAGUCCCGGGGAAGACCUGGAAAGUCUCCGGAGAGGAGUCAUGUUUCCUCAGAGCCCUAUGAGCCAAUCUCACCCCCUCAGGUCCCCGUUGUACAUGAGAAACAGGAAAAUAUUCUAUUGCUUUCCCAAAGAGCUGAGCCUACUGAACAGAGGACUGACUCUCGCUCCCCGGGCAGUAUGAGCUACCUGCCUUCAUUUUUCACCAAACUUGAGAAUACUUCACCCAUGGUAAAAUCCAAGAAGCAAGAGAUAUUUCGAAAGCUGAACUCAUCUGGUGGAGGCGACGCUGACAUGGCAACUGCUCAGCCAGGGACUGAAAUAUUCAACUUGCCAGCAGUCACUACCUCAGGUGCAGUCAGUUCUAGGGGUCAUUCCUUUGCAGAUCCUGCCAGUAAUCUGGGUCUAGAAGACAUUAUUAGAAAAGCAUUGAUGGGAAACUUUGAUGACAAGAGCGAGGAUCAUGGAGUUGUAAUGUCACAAUCCAUUGCAGUAGCACCUGGCAAUUCCAGUGCUGUGGGAUCAGCAAGCAAUGAGACACGCAGGGAAGAAGCCAAUCCAUCACCCAAUUCAGGAGGGGGAGUCAGCAAGCAGAAGUUAAUUGGGAAAUCAAACAGUAGGAAGUCCAAGUCUCCGAUUCCUGGACAGGGAUAUCUGGGAACCGAAAGACCUUCUUCUGUCUCAUCUGUGCAUUCGGAAGGGGACUACCACAGACAGACUCCGGUGUGGGCCUGGGAAGAUCGGCCUUCAUCAACAGGUUCCACACAGUUUCCUUACAACCCGCUGACAAUGCGGAUGCUCAGCAGCACGCCGCCGACCUCCAUCGCGUGCGCCCCGCCGUCCAUGAGCCAAGCAACCACUCACCAACAGAACAGGAUCUGGGAGCGAGAGCCAGCACCACUGCUUUCAGCACAAUAUGAGACUCUGUCUGACAGUGAUGACUGAACUAUGCAGAUAUUUUUGUUUUGUUUUUUUAAUUUGCGGGUCAAAACAAAAGAUUUUAUUUUUGACUUGUGCCCAGAGAGACUUUCCAAGAGAGCGAGGGCCACACAAUGAAGAAUUAAUGGAGAGUCUGUUAAAUGCCUUCAGCACGGCUGUGUGUCGGAGGAUUGUGAUCAAGAAGGUUGACUUACUAAAGAUAAAUAUGUAAAAAGUUUUUAAAAAUGUGGACUAUUCCUGUUCUACAUCUAUUUGUAAAGAAAACCAUAAUGUCUUUAAAUCAUUCUUCUGUAAAUAGAGAGUACUUUUUGCAGUGUU